CAUGAAACUGGAGGAGACAUUCACGAUGGAGAGUGGAUAGACAGAAUUGACGUUUCUGUUGAGUUGGAAACACGUCUAAAAUGCUGCCUUGGAAGAAGAAUAAGUUUGACCUGAUAGAGGAAGACAAGCAGUCCAAGCAAAAGGGCUAUGCGGUGAGUCUCAACUACUCUGCGCUUACCUCUUUUGCCAAGUCGUGCCCUGAGAGCGCGUUCAACAGGGUGGGAAGCAUGUUUAAGUCGAAAAGGAAAAAGGUGAAGAUCACCAGCGAGGACCCAACAUACACUGUGCUUUACCUGGGAAACGCCACUACCAUUCAGUCCAAAGGAGACGGCUGCACGGACGUGGCCGUGAGCAAAAUCUGGGCCAAGAGUGAGAUGGGAAAGAACGGCACCAAAAUGAGACUGACCAUAAGCUCGCAGGGCAUCCGCAUGGUACAUGUGGACGAUAAGGCUCGCAGACCAGGACACUUGUACUUACUACACCGGAUUACGUACUGCGUGGCGGACCCCAGACUGCCUAAGAUAUUUGCAUGGAUUUAUAGACACGAGAUGAAGCACAAGGCAGUGAUGCUGCGCUGCCACGCGGUGCUUGUGUCCAAACCAGAGAAGGCUAAAGCCAUGGCACUGCUGCUGUACCAGACCUCCGCGACGGCUCUGGCAGAGUUUAAAAGACUAAAGCGGAGGGAUGAUGCUCGGCACCAGCAGCAGCAGCUGAUCGGGGAGCAGACCAUCCCACUGGUGCCUCUCAGAAAGCUACUAAACGGACAGUGUUAUUACAAACCACCGGUGGAGCGCAGCCGCAGCGCCCCCAAGUUGGGUUCUAUCACAGAGGAUUUGGUUGGAGAAGAGGAGGAGGAGAAGUCAAUGCACUUUGAAUGUGAGGACAUUUUGGACAAUGACUGUAAUGGCAAACAAGAGUUGACUCAGAUUAUCAAUGACUUGGGGGAAAUGAGCAUAGGGAACGAUGUACAGUCUCUGAAGGCGGACCUCAGGGUGACCCGACUACUGUCCGGGGAGAGUACAGGCAGUGAAUCCUCUAUAGAAAGCAACCAAGAGCCCCCUCACCUCUCAAAUGGUUAUGAAGAACCUAAGGUCCAGGAAGUCGCCUAAUAAACCUGGGGUAUUUUUAACACGCGCGCACUGGCACGUUAUCUUUGUUGAGCCAAGUUGUUUCCACGAGAAAUAACUCCCUUUGUUAACCAUGUUUUGAGUGUUUGUCUCGUUUGUGCCUCUGAAGUAAAGUAGAAUCUACCACACGCCAUACGCAGCAGACACAUAUUGAGUUUUGGUUCAGAGUUGAUGCACGUGCGUGUAGGACAGGCCAACAAAAUCCCAGCGCGCAUAAGGACGCACUAAAUCCAUCUCUUUUAUUUAAGAGGAUUUGGUGCAGCCUCUGGCUUGUUUACCAACUGUUCCCGCUUCAACAUUUUCUUUUGGUUACCAUGAUCUGAAAACAUUCCGUAUUAUGCACAUUUUUGUUGUAGUUCUUAAAGGCAUCCUUAUUUUUAGGACGCUUUUGUUACAACCAGUUUAUCUGUUGAUUUUGCACUGUUGUGAAAGUAUUCCUUUGGCCACAUUGUUUGUCUGCUAUGUUGUCUGAAACAUAAGUGUCAUAUCUUUGCUGUGCAAAAGACCAAUUAUAAAAAUGUAAAAUAUAAAAGAUACAUUUGUUAUUUUUUAAAGAAGAGAAAAUGUGGUUUGUUUUGUGAACCUCAGAAACAAUAAAAUACAUUUUAUGAAACU